CAUUGCAAAAGAAUGUAUGACACUUUGCUCAAGAUACUUCACUAACAUUGAGACAAAGUUCAAUCGCCUUAAUCGAAAUCAUGAUGCUGGAAGUCAAGAACACAAAAGUGAUUUAUUAAUAUUUUCACAACUUGGACGUGCAUUGGGAUCUGGCAUGACUCGGGAUCUUCACAUGGAUGAGUGGGAACAAGCUCAUCUUUUUGUUCUAAAGAAUUGUGAUGCAGUUCAACCUUUUUUAGAGGAGUAUUUGCAACUCCAAGCUAGAGCAGCAUUACAAAUGUCCAAUAAGGAAAGUGAUAGAAGGUUUAUUAAUUGGUUUAAAAUUAGAGUUGCAGCGCUACAUAAACAUGACAAUCAUAAAAUUACAGAGGAAUUGCUCUCUUUGUCACGUGGUCCCUCCCAAUCAGUUUGUUGCUUCAAUGGUUAUGUUGUGAAUGGGUAUAGGUUUCGUGUAGAAUGUCAUGACAAAGGAUUUAGAACACAAAAUUGUGGGGUGGUUGUGAGUGGUGACAUUGGGUCUGAAAUGGGAAAUAUAGAUUACUAUGGAAUCUUAACUGAGAUUAUUGAGUUGCAGUAUCUUGGUGGUAGAAGGGUGGUACUGUUUCGUUGUAAAUGGUUUGAUGUGCAUGAUAAGAAAAAGGGGGCCAAAGUAGAUGAGUAUGGUUUCACCACUAUAAAUUGUGAUCGCUUGUUAAAGACAAAUAAGCCAUUUGUCUUGUCAUACCAAGCAUUCCAAGUGUUUUAUGCCAUUGACACUAUCAACAAAGGUUGGCAGGUUGUUGUGAAAACACAACCACGUGAUUCUUAUGACUUGCCUUUACAAAUAGAUGACAUUUGUGAUGAAAUGGAUAAUGUUAGUGAAGCAUAUCAACAAGGGGAAUCAUUCAAUUAUAAAGAGGCAAAUCCCAUUUCAACUACAAUAGACAAUGAAAUCAAUUGGGCAAGGGAAAAUGUGGAGCCAAUGGCCGUUGAAGUGGCAACUAAAAGAAAGAAAAGAAAAAGAAGAUGUGAACUCACAUCCCAUCGUCUUUUUGUUCACUUUGGUGAACUACAUUAUAUAGACAAUGACUUCCAACAAGAUUGUAGCUCCUUCAUUGACAUUUUAAGUAUAUGUGGAAAAUUCUUGGACAUAUACUCAGUUGGUGUCUAUGGGGAUGGGAAGCAACUAAAUGGGGAUGCUGAUGUCUAUGCUAUGUUUAAUGACCACAAAGGUAUAAGUGACAUCCAUGUCUAUGUUGAGGAAGAUAGAGAAUUGGAUGUUGUCCCUUUUAGAUUGCCACAUGAUUAUGCAAGUCCUGAACCUCCAAAGGCAACAAAUUUGAAGAUACAAGGUGAUCUCAAGGUAAAUAAUAAAAUAAUCAUUACUGGCACUGUUAUUGGAGGGGCUGAAGUUGCUAGUGUAGUUCAGUGGUAUAAAACCACUACUACACAAUUAGAUAUUCAGGAUGGUCUUGAAGAGAUCAGCAUGUCUAGCACUAAAAAGGCAUAUUUUGACUUGUAA